AUUGCCAACGUUAGGAAAAUUUUAGUUAGAAGAUCGUACACUUGAUAUAAGAAUUUAACCCUAAAAAUACGAUGUUUAACACAAUCUAAAAAUAUAUAUUAUUAUUUGUACAUUCAAAACUAAAUUUUGAAUACAAACUACAGAAUGUCUCUUCUGCGCAAAGGACAGCAUUGGGGUACUUUUGCAUGUGUUUGGCACAUUUUCGAUGCAGCUUGGCAAAAUCCAUAUAGAAGUGCACAUUUGAUAAAAAAAUACCUUAUGGGAUUAUACAAACCUAUAUAUCAUCCUAUGAACCAGUGUGGUGACCACGUAAUAGUAAUAAAUAGCAAAGAAAUUGCAUUGCGUGGAGAUGAGUGGCAAAAGCGAGUAUAUUUUCAUCAUACUGGAUUCCAUGGUGGAGCUACUUGGACUCUUGCAUGGGAAUUACAUAGUAAAGAUCCUACUAUGAUUGUUAAGAAAGCAGUUUAUAAAGCAAUGGAUGGAACUCUACAAAGAAGAUAUACCAUGCAGAGGUUACACAUUUUUCCUGAUGAUAAUGUACCCAAAGAAAUGUUAGAUAAUGUUACCAAUCAGAUCAAACAAUUAAGAUCUGUUCCAGUUAAACUGUAUGAUAUUCCACAAGAGGAAAGAGAUAAAAUUCCACGACUUAUAAAAUAUCCUAGUGAUUACCAGCUCAAAUAAAGUUAUAUAUAUAGAUUUAAAAUAAAUUAUCAUACUAUUUUAAAAAA